AUGUCGCCUGUCGUUUAUCCUUACACGGUCACAAACAGCUACAAAGGGGGUCUCUUCAUGCGUACCUACAGCCGCAACGUGCGGCGUGCCUGGGAUGGCGAAGACUAUCGUCCACCGAAGCGCCUUUGUCUCCACGAUACCUGGAACGCGCCCUCUGCCGCAGCUUCUAACGAGAACAUAACCCACCCUCUCGAUCUCGAAGACAGUCUUGAACGCGCCAUUCGAGAAACAAGUGUCGCAGCUCUGUCGUCCUCUCCUUCUCGGAAGAACAGCACCAUUUUUUCCGCAGAGUCUCAUGAAGACGACCUGGGCUCCAGUACCAUCACCCCACCGUCCUCGCCACCGCCCAGUUUGCACCUCACACCACUCAAUGUCAAGGCGCGAAAGCCUGUGUUCUCGUUCCUCGGCAAGCCCAAGAAAGAGAAGAAGGAUCUCAAGAACGCGAAGCGGAAACGCGAUGAGCAGUCGAGCGGACCUGGUAGGCCUGGAAGUACGCGUCACGACUCCGAGCCUCUAUCAGAGAUCUACAACUCCAGUUCACGCGCCCAAAGCUCGCAGCCUUUGGAAAACGAACAGCUCCCACCACAGGCUCUGGAGAGGACGUCGGUAGUGUGGCCGACAAUACGGGUUCCGAAGAUCGCGCCGCCGAAACAGAAACUCGUCCAGACGAUCCUCGAUUUGGGUCAGCCGCUUGUCCCUACGACAUGUCCGCAAUGUCAGAUGUCAUACACGCCUUCACUGCCAGAAGAUACCCAGUUACACAACAUGUAUCACAACCGAGAUAGCUCGGGGAUUGAACUCGGAAAACCAUUCCUUAAGUCGGCAAUGCGUUGGUGCUAUCAAGUCUCGCAUAUCCAAGGGAGCGUUGUGGUGGUGGAUCGAAAGAUGGCACUCCCCAGUCGACGAGUGGUCCAGAAAGUGCUGGGAAUUGUUAACAAGGAGCUCGGGAGCGUGGACAUCAAAGAGGAGGAAUUGUGGAGCCAGCGUGUCCCGGAUGGCGAGAAGGAUGAGGAAUCGGGUGGCCGUAAAUGUGACAGAUUCAAGGCUUUCUUGCACGUUAUCGACGACAAGUGUGUAGGCAUUUGCCUGGCAGAGCGAAUCACCAAGGCUCAUCGAGUCCUACCGUGCGAGACCGCGACCAGCGUGACCAUCCCACUGAAUGGUCACUUCAACCCUAAUGGGCCCGCAUCGCCUGCGGCGACCGAGACCAACGAGGAGGAUCACAGCCAGUUUCCGCAGAGACCGCAGAUUCCGACCCCGAUUGCAAGCCCCACUUCUACAUCGCGUCCAUCGAGCAUCAGCAUUUCCGAAGAGACAUAUCCGGCGGUAGUGGGCGUCAGCCGUAUUUGGACGAGCAAGGCUUUCCGUCACAAGGGCAUUGCAAACAAUCUUCUAGAGUGUGUUAUGAGUCAAUUCAUCUACGGAAUGGAAAUUGAGCAACAGCAAGUGGCGUUCAGUCAGCCCACGGAAAGCGGCGCAGGUCUGGCGAGAGCAUGGUUCGGGGAGGACGAUGGCUGGGCUGUUUACAGAGAAGAAUAA